AUGGUCUCCUCCCUUGCAGAACAGCUUGCCAGGAGCGCAUCCUUCGGCUCCAACUUGCUCAACGAGAAGGCUCGCAAGCAAGCCGCGUCUGAGUCCUACUUAUUCACUUCAAAAGAGGCCCGUCAACAUGACAUAGAGUCUUUACACGCCCUUGGCCUCAACGGCUUCCUUCAGCUCAAGUCUCUCCAGCCGUCUGUGGCUCGCUUCGAGGAUGAACUCUUCUCGGAGUUCGCAAUCUCCCUCGACAGGACUCUGCAGCCCGCAGAGGAAAAUGCGCAGCUGGAUGCUUCCAUGAACGAGUUUAUCCCUCUUUUGGGCCCUUUUCUCCUGGACGCGCCGACGGGAAAAGUAUUGGAAUGGCUCGUGCGUAGAUUCAGGAUCCACGAGUUUAAUGUUCCCUCUGUCGUCUCGGUUUUCCUCCCAUACCAUGAAACCCCACACUUUACCAAGAUGGUCUCCAUCCUUCAUAUACCCGACAACUCCCCCAUUCGCUUUCUCCAAGCGUACAAAACUGCUGCCAAACCUCUCCAUCGUCCCCUCCUCAUCAACGAUAUGGUCACGAAGCCCGAGGUUGUGCACUUUACGGCUGGGAUCCUCCCUGUCGUACUGAAAGACCACAGCUCCGGUAUGCACCGUGCGCUCAUCGCGUUCCACACCGGUUCUCUGUUAGAGUAUAUUGCCAAGGCCAAGACGCUUGAUGAGAACACUAUGACGGUCCUCCUCCCCGCUGCUGUUGACCCCCUACAAAUUGCGAGCGGCACAGAGCAGGUCGUGAGGCCUGCUGUCAUGCAGGAGGUCGUGCUCGGAAGCUACCUCGUGUUGGCUGCGCUCUCUCAGAAGACGCGCCUCAUACCCAAGGCCGUCAAGACGCUUUUGACGACAGUUUGCGACUGUUCUGAGCGAGUGUCCGGAAAGCACUUGAUCCGUACUUUGGUAUCGUUUUGUGCCCCUCAGGAGAUGCUGGAGAAUAUCCCCAGCGGCGUUGUGGACGUGCUGCUCGAAGUACAGAAUAUCGAUGCCGAGAUUGUUGGUGCCAUGAGCUGGGCUGGCUCGGAGAAGUUCCUGAUCCCCCUCAUCAACAGCUUCAUCACUCGACUGCCGGAUGAGCCGGUCUAUGAGAUCCUGGACGCAGUGGUCACCUCUUCAGGCUUAAUAUCUGAAGUGACGGGAUCAAUCUCGACAAUGCUGAUCCACACCCUCGUUAAUGACACCCCGGAAGACGACACUGCAGUUCUUUACAAACGUCUACUAGCCCAGCUCAACCAACGUCACCCCAAAGCCGUCCAGAGCUCAUCGAAGACGAUCAUCGACGACGAUGAGACGAAGCGCGAAGCGAUGGAGCUGCUGCUUACAUCUUUGGCCGUGCAUUCCGUGGUGGCAGGUCCCUCUGUUUCAGAUGCAGAACUCAGCACCUUGAUCGUGGGCUCAGCACAUGCGGACUCUAACGUCCGUUCGAAGUCAGUUCGCGACUUGGUACAGCGACUUGCCGAUGAUCAAGUGGCCGACUCAGAAGGCAACUCGGUCUCGUCCACCUUGCUGCUGCGUGUUCACGAUACUUCAGCAACGGUGCUUCAAGCCCUGUACAGCACUUCUGCAGACGUGGUCACCAAGGUUUUCCUGUCGUCAUCCGAGCCCAAUGCAUAUAUCGACGCUCUCAAGCAAGCACUCCAUAGUCCCAGUGCCAAAUUGUCUCGUGAUGUCGUUCGCGCCCAUCUAAACUUCCUCCUGAAACAUUUUCUCCCCAACGCAAGUUCACUGGAGGAAGGAGGCGGCGAAGAUAUUGAGUCGGAAGAGACACGAGAGAGGUCGCAGAAGGUCUUCAUGGACAUCAUCUUCCCCUUCCUGUUGUUCUCGAAGCCCCGCGCAAAGACAGCAGUUGCCGCCUGGGAGAUCCUGUACACGCCUGAAAGCGAAGUUAACGCCGAAUUCGAACUCUUUGAUGGCUGCGUUGACGCGCUCAACUGGGAGAAAGCGAAGACCCGGGCUGGUGACAAGUACGGCGUCGAUCCCGCGGCGAUGUCCAAGAUCAACGUUGCUGUUGCUGCCAAGAUUGCGGAUAACGUUCUCGCUUCCAACUACUUCCAGGCCCAAUUUACUCUUCUGCUCCGGAAGCUGGGAGAAGAGAAUUCCCAUGGGCGGGCCAUGGGAUACCUCGUCGUUCGAGCUCUUCUCAGCCGUCUCAGCGGAGAACAGAGAAUCGAAGCCGGGCAUCAAUUGUUGGACGCGAUGCAGCUUAAGACCUUCGAGCACAUGGGCGACUUUAUGCAAGGCGUGGAGGAUAUUGCAGGUUUUCUCGACGACGACAGCGUCGGCGACGCCGUGGUACUGAAGCCUAACAGUCGCAGUACUCUGCGUCGUCUGCAGCUCUCUGUAUUAUCAGCGCUUCCAAGUUUCCCUCGCCCAUCCGGCGCCUCCACCCAGUAUAUCGCCGAUACCGGGGCGGAAUCCGAAGCUUUGACCCCCGAGACUGCUCGGGCAGCGCGUUAUGUCGAGCUUCUCCGCUCGGUGUACGCUCUCAGCAACUCUUCUGCGUCGCUCCCUCUCCUCUCGACCUUCCUCCUCCGAAAACUUUUCAUCAACCUCGGUGACGAUGCCCUCGCCUUCCUGGCCGGCACCUGGCUCCUACCGUUGACGGAGUCGCAUGUCCAGUACGCCGCACUGCGCCACGCCUGCGCAUUCCUCGAGGCCCACGUCGUCACCUGCCGCACACUCGACUUCCAGACCAUUAUCCCCGCGCUGCUGGUUGCCCUGCAAAGCCGCAACGCGGCUGUGCGCGACGCUGCGGCGCGCUGCCUGUCCGUCGUCUCCAAACUGGCCACCGCCCCUGCCGCCGAGAACGUGUACGCCUACGACGCGAUCUACGGUCCGCGGUCUGCCCAGCUGCAAUACCUCGACUGGACCGACGUCCAGAAGUACCUCGUCGCUCUGGCCGAGAUUCGGGACCCGAUCGUUCACGACGCGGAAUAUUUGCAAGCGUUCCAUCACGAGCAUCUUGCGCAGCGAAAAGGCGACCCGAAGAAACUAGCUGGGUACAAGGAGCGGAUACUCUGCUAUUUGCUAGCCCACGUGAACGGGUGUUCCUUGCGCUCCGUCAAGGUUGCACUCCUCAAUCUCGUCAAUGGCGUCUCCAGCCCCGCAAAGGCUCAGGUCUUGGCGCCAACUAUCGACGAUGUGUUUGGUCAUGAAUUCACCACCUUGGAAGAGAGCAGAAACCUGCUUAGUCUUGUGGUCUCUGUUUUCGACGUAUCCUCAGCCGCGAACCUGAACGACUCUGACAAGUCCCUCUGGGGCGUGUACGAAAGACUGCUCACAAUGGUGAUCAAAAGCGAUAAAUGGCAGCAGGCCAGAGACGGAAUGCUCCGCCAUCUACAGCGAGGCUUGUUCGCCAAACUCAGCGUGGAGCGAAAGUUGCAACUGUGCCGAACUCUCAUACGGUUCACGACUGAAGAGGAGUCAACGGCGUCCACAACGAAGACAGUUCUUACCAACGUUCUGGACGAUACUGCCAUCAUCACUCGCUUACUGGUGGAUCUACAACCUCAAGCUAGCGCUACCGAUCCAUCUGCGCAGCCUGCAAGCAAGCGUCCAAGGGUGGAGAAGACGGCAACGACUUUUGCACACGGCAGUUUAUCCUCUCUGGCGAUCAUCGCCGAAAUCCUAGACUCCAGCAAGAUCACCGGCACUCUGGAGCUUCUGUCUUGCCUCCUCGAAACUCUCAACAAGGUCGUCAGCAACGUAUCCCCCGACCUCCCAGAUCGGCGUUACGUGGAGCAGUUACUCAUGUCCGCUGCGGAGAACGUCGCUCAGCGCUUUACGCCGUCUGCAUCAGUACCCGCCAACUCGGUCCGCGUGGAUACUCUCAUCGACAUCCUGCGUACAUCUGAGAAUCCCCAGACGUUCCACCAAGCCUGCUUGCUCAUGGCUAGCCUUGCCCGGAUAUCACCUGACACUGUUCUCCACAACGUCAUGCCUGUGUUCACGUUUAUGGGUUCGAAUGUCUUCCACAGGGACGAUGCGUACAGCUUCCGAGUGGUGCAAAAGACCAUCGAGAGUAUUGUUCCUGUCAUGGUCGCCUCGCUGAAGACAAAUCAUGGUUCCGGAAUCCAACUCUAUAGCGCGGCUCGUGAGUUCUUGCGUGUGUUCACGAACGCUGCGAACCAUGUCCCUCGCCAUCGGCGUGUGAAUUUCUUCUCCCAAUUCGUCGAUACUCUUGGUCCCGCAGAUUUCCUUGCGCCUGUCACGAUGUUGCUUGUCGAUAGAGUCGCGAACCGUGUCGUCCGUCAAAGUGCCGCAGAUGUCGUUGGGUCGUUCUUCCUGCCGCUUGCUAUCUACGAACGAUAUGAAGCAGGCUUGCAGUUGCAGGCUCUACUGGAACUAGUGCGCGAAGUCGAGAAACAGGAUCGACGCGAUGAUCCCUCUGUGCAUCCCUUUUUGGGCAGUCUUCCGGACGAGGAACAAGCACAGACCGACCUGACAUCAAAGCGAAGAUCUGUCGCGCUGCUUAUGUUCUGUGAACAUGCCCUGAAGCGCCUUCGUCGUCCGUCAGCUCUGCCCUCAUCGGAGGAGCGCGCCGCUGCUCAAGAGCUGCUCAAGUCGUUGCUUGACAUAUCUAGUGCCAAGCCAAAUGAUACGGUAUACGCAGAAGUUGCCUCUGCCGCUCGCACUGCUGUGACAAGCACGCUGGGAACAAUGUUCGCUACGGACUUCGUUGCGGGUAUCCUCACCGUCCUGGACUCCCGAUCAUCACACGCUCAAACUGGCGCGUUUGAGCUCCUUAGCGUCCGCCUUGGGGAGAUCGCGGACAACAGACGCAAGGAAAUUGCUUCAUCCAUCGUCCAGAUCGUCCAGGCUGCCUGCCGCGUGCUCGCAUUAGCGGCAGAAGAUUCACUGGCUGGGUCAACUCUCAAGGCUCUCAAGGCCGUCUGCGACACCCUAUCACCUGGCGAAGAGAGUGCCGUCACAACUUCGGUUCCUCUCGUCCUUGCUGCUGCCAAGCGGUCGGGGCUUCGCGUGCUAGCGUUGCAGACAAUGUCUGCAUUUGCGUUCAAGCUUGGCGCUCGCUUGAUUCCUCAUCUUAAGGAGAUCGUCAGAGCAUGUAUCGAGUUGUGCAAGACCGCGAUUUCUGCCUCAUCUGAACUCGAUGUCAUCCCUCUGGCACUGGGCGCUCUUCGCAACUUGCUGACAUCUAUCCCGACAUUUUGGGGCAAGGAUGAGAUAUUGCAGGUGGUCGGAUUAUACCUGGACAGCUCGACCGCCGCGGGUCCACACACAUCGGACCUCACACUGCUCGUGCGCACUACCGCGAAGCGCGCAUCCCCUGGUGUCCUGCUCCCAGCGUUGUGCGGCUUGUGGUCAUCAGUCGCCACAUCGACGAAGGACCGCUCGCCACAAGCAUUGGCCUACUUGCAAGUGCUCAAGAUCUCACUUAAAGCAGCGUCACGAACAGCCGUAUUGGAGCACCUUCGUGAGCUCUUCAAGACCCUCCUCUACGUGUUCGACUUCUGCGCGGAGCAACAAGACUCGGAGGUUGAGCGCGCACUCUCCGGCGCGUGGAUGGAGCUCAUCGUCAAGUUGAACGAGACCGCGUUCCGGCCCAUAUUCCGCAAGCUGUUCGACUGGUCCUUCGGUGGAGACGCAUCCGAUGGUCGCAAGGUGGUGUUCUGCCAUGUGUACUCGGCGAUGAUCGACUUCUUCAAGGGUCUCAUGGUCCCUUACAUGUCCUUCGCCUGGCCCACCUUCCUCGAUCUCCUCCGAACAUAUGCCACCAACAUCCCCGAAGACGGACACCUCUGGCUUGGGGUCGUGCAGACAGUAACCAAGUCUCUGCUCGCAGACGAAGACCGCGUGUUCUGGCGUAACGACAAGCUGCGCCAGUUGGUCCCGCUCGCCGUGCAGCAGGUGCCCGUGGCGGUGCAGGUACCCCUGCCCUCCGCGAAGGACGCAUUGGCUGCUUGCCUGGCAGCGCUGCUCGGCACGGUAGACGACGACGUGCUCGUGAAGACGCUCAACCUGGAUGUGCUUAUGCACUCGCGCGCCGAGGACGCGCGUGUCCGCCUGUUCAGUCUUGCGUGCGCUGAGCAGCUGUGGCGGGCGCAGGGCGAGAAGCUGUUUGGUUUCGUGACGGAGACGGCGACGUUCGUGGCCGAGGCAGCGGAGGAUGAGAACGACCGAGUGGUGCAGGAAGCGCACAAGCUGAAGGCCGCGGUGGAGGCGAUGGGCGGGAGCAUCGAGUAG